AUGAAUCGCAUACAAGAACACCAUGUUCGAAGCCCGUUUUCCAGCCCAACCGACAUCGGAAAAUCCAGAACCAUCCCGGUCCUCUCCUCGUCCCUUGCUCCAUCCGAUCACCACUCGCAAGGUGAUCCCAUGGACCUCUCGCCGCCUGCAUCGGCUUCAAUGGCUCCCCCCACCAACAACAAUGGCAUCCCUGAGUCGGAACACGGAUCGGCUUCCGCAAACCAUAAUAGCAAUAACAACAACAACAACAGCCAUGCCAACCACAGCCAUAGUAGCCUCAAUAAUAACCAUGCGAACGGCGCUGGCGCUGGUGAUGCAUCCUCAGGUGCGGUGAUGGGAGGUGAGUCUGCCGGCCAUGCGCAAAGCCAGCCUACAGGCGCUGCUGCUGCUGCGCAACAACCCAAGGUCGUUCAAACAGCCUUUAUACAUAAGCUGUACAGCAUGCUACAAGACCCGAGUAUACAACAUUUGAUUUCUUGGUCCAGCUCAAACGAGAGCUUCGUUAUGUCUCCCUCUCAGGAUUUCUCAAAAGUUCUCGCUCAAUAUUUCAAGCACACCAAUGUUUCCUCCUUCGUGAGACAGUUGAAUAUGUAUGGGUUUCAUAAAGUCAGCGAUGUCUUCCACACAGGAUCUCCUGACUCUCAGAUGUGGGAGUUCAAACAUGGCAAUGGUAAUUUCAAAAAGGGAGAUGUAGCCGGUCUACGAGAGAUCAAACGUCGCGCAUCAAGACAGACCCUAAUUCAUCGUGACUCAUUUUCGGGACACAAACCAAGUUCUUCUCAACCUGCAACUCCCGCUGAACCACUUCCCGAAGCAGCUGAUUCCAGAGUGAUCGAUUCCAGACUGCUCAAUACAGAGCACAAUAUCUACGAUCUUCAUGCUCGUCUUUCUCCUUCUAGUGUCCGAACUAUUCUCUGA